UCUCACACUCGUUGUUUCAGUGUUUAUUACUUUCGUUUCACUUUUAUGUUAAAAACAGGAGUAAUACGGCAUACAAUGCAAAAAUUGACGCUCUUCCUCAUAAUAUCCACCGAAUUCUGCGAAAGGUUCUGCUACUACGGUCUGCGCGCACUUCUUUUUCCAUUUCUGCACAACCAUCUGUCGUACUCGGUGUCUGCAGCCAAGGGCCUGUCGCAUGCCUUCUUCUUCCUUGCGUUCUUCUUUGCAAUGAUAUUCGGCUUCUUUUCUGACGUGCGCGUCGGGCACUACAGGACCAUUGUGUCGCUCUCUAUCGUGUAUGUGCUUGGCACGGGCAUGCUCGUGAUAUCCGCGUACACUUCAAGCACGCUGUCGUUUCUCUCGGGCAUUCUGCUAGUUGCCAUGGGAACAGGCGGUAUAAAACCGUGUAUUUCGGUAUUCGGUGGUGAUCAGGCGAACAAAAAUUCAAACUUCUUUUCGCUGUUCUAUUUCAGCAUCAACUGCGGUGCCAUGGUGAGCAUCCUCACUCUGCCGAUAAUAGCACAUACCAACUACACAAUCGCAUUCAUCGUGCCGUUUGUGCUCAUAUCAAUGGCAGUUGUACUUUUCGUGUCGGGCACGCGAAUGUACACGAUAAAUAGGCCCGAUCCUAGAAUGUACAAGGAGUUGAAGGCGUUUCUGUUCAAGAAAAAAAGAAAGUCGUUUUAUGUUGGACACGGCUACGGGUUCUGCCAGGACCUGUGUGAGGUGGCAGAAAACAACGAGGAGAACAGCAACUUUAACGAGGUGGUUGGUGCACACAGAAUGGGCGAUGUUCUGGAGACGAACGGCAGCAGCUUCAACGAGGUGGUUGGUUCGCACAGGACGGGCGGGGUGCUGAUGAUGAACGGGCGAGAUCGCACGUACAGCAAGGACGAACACCAGGGGGAUGAGCACACAGGCGUGUACGAGAUUGAUGUGGAUAUGAAGGACCGUGCGGCAAUACUCAAGAGGUAUGAGAUGAUACAUAGGGACGGGCAUCUGCCCAGGCAUGCAGCAUCAUGCGAGACCGAGGAACGGAUGGGCAGAGAUGCGAUGUACACCGGCAGGGACUACAUCUACACACACGACGUGUGCCAUCCCUCGUCGGGCACACCGGACCAAACAAUAUGCGCUGCACCGGUGGACGAUUCGUUCUACGGCGAGCGGCCCUCGUACGACACGGCAUCAGAUGACUCAGCCCAUGUGCACGGAAUCAACAGCUACUCCUGCGAUGAGAACAGCAACGAGCUGAGCUACGACGUGGAACAGGAGAACAUAAACAGAUACGCAACGGCCGAGCACUUCUCCAACUCUGUGAUGAACGACUCAAAUUCCUUCAAUGCGAUGGAUUUUAGUUCGUUAGACGAUGCAUUCCUGCACGGAAGAACAGGCAAAGAAGGCACCAGUCCAAGUGUGUGGAUAGACUAUGCAGGGCACAAAACGAAACCAAAGGACGUGCGCGUGUACGGCGAGACGAACCUGUCCGUUGCAGAUGCUCGCACCUACAGCGCCGACAAGACGAUAACACUCGACCACUCCCGCAGCGCAGAAUACCUGCGGAAAGAGCACAAGAGCGCGAUAAAGAAAGAGUGCAGGCAGAUAUUGCAGAUAUGCCGGCUGUACCUGCCAAUCAUCUUUUUCUGGACGAUCUACGACCAGCAGGCCACCUCGUGGACCGACCAGGCAAGCUUCUUGAACGGCAAUGUGUUAGGAUGGACGAUACUUCCCUCGCAGAUGCAGGUGUUCAAUGCGCUGCUCACGCUGAUCUUCAUUCCUCUGUUCUCGCAUUUCGUGUUUUUGAAGGCACGCACCAAAAUGGUUGCAGGCUUUUAUCUGGGCGCGGUGUCGUUCUUCUUAUCAGCCGUUGUCGAGCACUACAAGGAACCGAGUCUGACCGUUAUGGUUCAACUGCCGCAGUAUGUUCUGAUGACAGCAGGUGAGGUGCUGCUCAGCGUGACAGGCCUUGAGUACUCGUACAGCAUGGCACCCAAGCGAUUCCGCUCGGUGGUACUUGCUAUCUGGCUGUUCAUGGCAGCGAUCGGAAAUGUUCUGGUUGCAUUCAUCUCCAGGAUGAACUUCUUCAAGGCAGAAAUAGGUUCGUAUCUGUUUUAUGGGUGCUUGGCGGUGGUUGGCAGCAGAUGGCUCAAUUACGAAUUUAGAAGGAUCUCCAAGUGAUGUGAUUUCCUGUGCAGGUCAUCCACUUGCACGCAUUUCUGA